CCAGCAGCAACUUGCUGCCUCCCCUGCUGCCCCCCGGGGUGCUUGCCCCGGGGCCCCUCCCCCUAGCAGCACUUGCUGCGGGCCUCCCGGGGGGCCCCCUGGGGUCACUCAUGCCCCCGGGGCCCCUGGGGGCCCCCGGGGUACUGGGGCCCCCCCCCUUCUUGGGGCCCCCCUUCCACCCCCCAGCCAACGGAGAGUUCGAGCAGAGACACAAUAGAGACAGAAGCAGAAGCAGAGACAGAGGGGCCCCCAGAGACAGGGAUGGAGGGUACAGGGCAGGGUCCCCGCGGCGGGGGCCCCCCGGGGGCCGGCAGUCCCGCAGGGGCGGCGGCAGGGGGCCCCAAAGCCGGGGCCCCAGGGGCCCCGAAGAGGAGGGGGCCCCACAGUAA